CUUUUACAUAGUUUUGUCACGCCGAUGCAGUAUAUGUGCAUUUCAGGUUACUUCCCUUUGUGUACUAAAUAAACAAGGUUGAAGAUAUAGGACAAAAAUAGUGAUUUAACAGUGUCCUAACACACAAGACGGCAUUAAAAACGAAAUGACAGAGAUCAAGGUGAAGGACGAAGGUGGAGAUGCUAUGACGAUGAUUGACUUCGGAGAGUUUCGAUCGUCUCUCUUCGGUAGAACAGUUGAAUACAUCCGCGAUGUGAACACACAUUUGAAGGAUUUUAAGUUUAAAGACGGGGAUGUUCUCUUAUGCUCAUAUCCAAAGGCAGGAUGCACUUGGACAUUUGAAAUUCUAACAAUGUUGAUGAAAGGUAAACCUGAAGGGCCUGACCAAAGUAAAAUGCACUCAAUGUUAGAAGCGACGUGUGCCAGCGAUAUAGAAAAUAUUUCAUCACCAAGGGUACUGAAUACUCAUCUGCCGUAUAGAAGGAUUCCGCCGGACAUAAAUAACAAGAAAGUGAAACUUGUAUUCGUGGUUCGAAACCCGAAAGAUGUGGCUGUUUCAUUAUAUUGUAUGAUGUAUGCCUUUAAACAUUACAACUACACCGGCAAGUUCAGCAAUUGGCUACCUCUCUUCCUCCGUGGAGAUCUUGCCUAUGACAGAUACUUGAAAUAUUUGAAGGAUUGGGAAGAUGUAUACAGAGCUAACAAACACGACAUGCUUGUAUUGUAUUUUGAAGAACUUAAAAGGGAUACGCUUGGUGGGGUUAGGAAACUGGCGACAUUUCUCGACGUUUCACUCACUGACGAACUUAUUCAAGAAAUUUCAGAAAAGUGUCAAUUCCUGCAAAUGAAACAACGUUAUACACCGGAAAUGCUUGGGUCAAGCGCGUAUAAAGAAGAAAUUAAUUACGGGUUUAUGAGAAAAGGAGAAGUCGGGAACUGGAAAGAAUGGCUUACUGUUGCUCAGAGUGAAACAGUGGAUGGAAUGGUUUCUGAAGAUUUGAAAGAUUCCAAUCUCAAGUUUAUUUAUCAGUUGUGACUCUAGUCUCGAGUUAAAUAUCAGUUUUGACUCUAGUCUCAAGUUUGACAUCAGUUGUGACUCCAGUCUCCAGAUGAUAUAUCAGUUUUCAACUUUUCAGUCUAAAGUUGCGACUCCAGUGUCGAGUUUAUAUUUCAGUUGUGACUCAAUUCUCGAAUUUUACAUCAGUUGUGACUCCAAUAUCGAAUUUUAUAUCAGUCUCCAGUCGCAAGAUGUGACUCCAGUCUCGAGAUAAUAUAUCAGUCUCCAGUCUCAAGAUGUGACUCCAGUCUCGAGAUGAUAUAUCAGUCUCCAGUUUCAAGUUGUGACUCAAGUCUCGAGAUGAUAUAUCAGUCUCCAGUCUCAAGUUGUGACUCUAGUCUCAAGAUAAUAUAUCAGUCUCCAGUCUCAAGAUGUGACUCUGGACCUGAGAUGAUAUAUCAAUCUCCAGUCUCAAGAUGCGACUCCAGUGUCGAGAUGAUGAAUCAGUCUUCAGUCUCAAGUUGUGACUCUAGUCUCUAGAUGAUAUAUCAGUCUCCAAUCUCAAGUUGUGAGUCCAGUCUCGAGAUGAUAUAUCAGCCGCCAGUCUGAAGUUAUGACUCUAGUCUCGAGAUGAUAUAUCAGUCUCCAGUCUCAAUUUGUGAGUCUAGUCUCGAAAUGAUAUAUCAGUCACAAGUUGUGACUCCAGUCUCGAAAUGAUGUAUCAGUCUCAAGUUGUGACUCUAGUCUCGAGAUGAUAUAUUUCAGAAUUGACUCCAGUUUCGUGUUUAAUAUCAGUUGUUACUCCAGGC